AUGAGAGGUAGAGGUGGGCGUGCCGCUCGGGGAAGGUGUGGCAGGCGUGGAAGGAGAGAGGUUGGAGUGCGCUCUGACGGUGAGGCUCGACAGGUCCGAGUGGGUGUCCGUGUUGGUGUUCUUGUCGGUGUCGGCGUCCGCCUGGGCUGCAGUGGCGUGGUCGGCGGGGGAGUGGUACAAUGCGGUCAGCGCGCUGGUCAAUCGCACCGCCUGCGUUGUUGGGCAGAGGUUCAUGGAGACGCUGGGAAUGACGUUAGCGUUCAGGUUGGCAGUGAAGCCGGAGUUAUCUACAUACUUUCCGGACUGCCGGCACUGCGCCAAAUUGCAGAAGAAGGCAAACAUAUCGCCGAGACUUUGAGGCGGGCAGGGAUUAAUCGACAGAAGGCACCGCAGCAGCGUGGAUGUGUCGACGAGACUGAAGUGCAGCCCCGUGGAGAGGAUGGGACUGAGGACGGCAUCGCCGCUGUUGUUCCUAUCUCUGAGCAGGUUAUGGCAAUGCGCCUGCACGCCAUUGUAUACUGCGGUGUGCGGCAGCCCGGCGAGCCAAGCGAGGAUGUCCCUGACGGUGCAGGGGUAUCGUGGCUCAGGGGGAAUGCGCAGGUGACAGACACGCAAGUAAUAUUUCAGCAUGUCGUGGAAUGCGUCCAGGGGCUCCAAAGCGUCAUGGAUGAGGCUGCAGAUUUCAGCAUCGUUGCAGGCAUUCUCGUUCCGCAGCUCGGCGUGGAUGACGCCUUCGGAAGCAACGACGAAGCCACAGCGCCCGAGGAAUUGCCCCAGGGGAUUGUACGCAUUUAUGUUGUGAUGCGCCCACCCAUCUGCGCAGCCCAUUCUGAGCCUGUUUAUGCCGCGGAAGAUUAUAUCAGUGAUUGUCAGGAGGAUCAUGGCGCACUUGGUGGCCUCGGGUGUGUGCGUCUUUUUCGCCGCGUGGAACAGCACGCAGUCGUCGAAGGCGCCGUCUUCUCCAACGAACGCACGCAAUCCUUCCCCGAUGCCAUCAAGCAGGGGGCUGUUGGGCUUAGUAAAGCCUUGUGGCCUGAGGGCAUUCACAGCGUCGGCAAGUUUGUCAAGUUUACCAAGCAUCUCAUGGUCGUAGCGUUUUUGCCGAGUUAA